UUAUGUUAUCAGGUGUGAAAUUAUAAGAGGCGGAAUGAAAGAAUACCUCACACCAAUGGGGCCAACUCCUCUUCACGUGAACCCAAUCUUUGAGACAGGCCUGAUUGAGCCAAGAUUCUCAGAAUGGUUGGUGUUUGAGGGCAUCAGUGUUGACGAGAGUGGGAAGCAGCAUUACCUAGAUGCAACUGUGGCUUACAAGCCAGCAGUACUCAAUGCAAUUGACUACCUCUCUAAAUUUGGAUACUCCAAAGAACAGGUUUUCGACCUCUCUCUUUAUCACAUAGACGAUUCCCCACAAACGCACAAUCACAAGCAUACACCGAGACACCGAAAGACAUGCCUACCUAAAUAUAUUAUUGUAGUCUUCCAUACGGAUAUGGCAUAUGUCAUAUAUCAGAGCUAUCUUCUGUUGUCAUGCUGCCCGUGUGAGGGAAGAAUUUCAGGAAUAGUUGACUCUCCCAAUGCUGUUGCAACUAUAGCAAUCCCAACAUCUAUCUUUGACCAGGAUAUUCGCCCAAAAGAAAACAAGGUUCCUGUUGGUCCCUGGAUAGUGAGGAAGCCAGAUGUCCUAAAAUGUACUUAUGAUGGAAAUUUGCCAACGACAAGGAACCCUAGCUCUGCAACAUAACUAUCAUCAAGAGUGCUCAGUAAAUAAAAGACAUUUCAGCGUAUAUUUUUCAUUGCUACCAAGUCACGCAUGUAUUGGCAUAAUAGAAAGUAGAACUGAAUUGUCAAAGUAAACCAUCUACAUUCUAUGUAAGCAGUGCAAGUAUUGUACUA